AGGGCCAAUGGCGCGGCGGGGGGCGGGGCCAGGCCGCCAUGGCGCCGCCGCCGCGCUGACCGCGCCGCUCCGCCAUGGCCGGGGCCAUCGCGUCCCGCAUGAGCUUCAGCUCCCUCAAGCGCAAGCAGCCCAAGACCUUCACCGUGCGCAUCGCCACCAUGGACGCCGAGAUGGAGUUCAGCUGCGAGGUGAAGUGGAAGGGGAAGGACCUGUUUGAUCUGGUGUGCAGGACACUGGGACUCCGGGAAACCUGGUUCUUCGGGCUCCAGUACACRAUCAAGGACACGGUGGCCUGGCUCAAAAUGGACAAGAAGGUCCUGGAUCACGAUGUCCCAACAGAAGAGCCCAAAACCUUUCACUUCCUGGCCAAAUUUUAUCCUGAGAAUGCAGAGGAGGAGCUGGUGCAGGAAAUCACCCAGCAUUUGUUCUUCCUGCAGGUGAAGAAGCAGAUUUUGGAUGAGAAGAUCUUCUGUCCUCCUGAAGCCUCUGUCCUGCUGGCCUCCUACGCUGUCCAAGCCAAGUACGGCGACUACGAUCCCAACGUCCACAAGAGAGGUUUCCUGGCGCAGGAGGAGCUGCUUCCCAAGCGGGUGAUCAACCUGUACCAGAUGACUCCAGAGAUGUGGGAGGAGAGRAUAACAGCCUGGUAUGCUGAGCACCGGGGCAGAGCGAGGGAUGAAGCUGAAAUGGAGUAUCUGAAGAUAGCCCAGGACUUGGAGAUGUACGGCGUCAACUACUUCGCCAUCAGGAAUAAAAAGGGCACMGAGCUGCUUCUUGGAGUUGAUGCCUUGGGUCUUCACAUUUAUGACCCRGACAACAGGCUGACCCCUAAAAUCUCCUUCCCAUGGAAUGAGAUCAGGAAUAUCUCCUACAGCGAUAAAGAGUUUACGAUUAAGCCAUUGGACAAAAAGAUUGAUGUUUUUAAAUUCAAUUCAUCAAAGCUGCGUGUGAAUAAGCUGAUUCUUCAGCUGUGCAUUGGGAACCACGACCUGUUCAUGAGGAGGAGGAAGGCAGAYUCGCUGGAGGUCCAGCAGAUGAAAGCACAGGCCAGGGAGGAGAAGGCCAGGAAGCAGAUGGAACGGCAGCGCCUGGCACGAGAGAARCAAAUGAGAGAAGAGGCUGAGAGGACCAGGGAUGAGCUGGAGAGGAGGCUGAUGCAGCUAAAGGAGGAGGCAACGAUGGCCAACGAGGCUCUGAUGAGGUCGGAGGAGACGGCCGAUUUGCUGGCRGAGAAGGCGCAGAUCACGGAGGAGGAGGCCAAGCUCCUGGCUCAGAAGGCAGCCGAGGCCGAGCAGGAGAUGCAGCGCAUCAAGGCCACGGCCAUCCGCACCGAGGAGGAGAAGCGGCUGAUGGAGCAGAAGGUGCUGGAGGCGGAGAUGCUGGCACUGAAAAUGGCUGAGGAGUCRGAGAGAAGGGCAAAGGAGGCUGAUCAGCUCAAGCAGGACCUGCAGGAGGCUCGCGAGUCAGAGCGGAGAGCCAAGCAGAAGCUCUUGGAGAUCACCAGCAAGUCUUCCUACACACAGCCCAUGAACUCCAGCACCACAGCACUGCCCACUGACCUGCCCAGCUUCAAUCUCAUCAGCGAGAGCCUCUCCUUCGACUUCAAGGAUACGGACAUGAAGAGGCUGUCCAUGGAAAUCGAGAAGGAGAAGGUGGAGUACAUGGAGAAGAGCAAGCACCUGCAGGAGCAGCUCAAYGAGCUGAAGACAGAAAUUGAGGCACUGAAGCUCAAGGAAAGAGAGACAGCUUUGGAUAUUUUGCACAAUGAGAACUCCAGCCGGGGCAACAGCAAGCACAACACUAUCAAAAAGCCUCAAGCCCAGGGCAGAAGACCUAUCUGCAUUUGAGAAUUCCAACUCACCCUACAGAGCACCAAGUCCCGCGUGGCCUUCUUCGAGGAGCUCUAGGAAACGACUGCUCCACACCGCUGCUGCUUCCGACAGCUYCCGCCCCGCCGGAGCUGUCCCGAAGCCGGGGGCUCCCAAAGGGAUCACCCGGGAGCCACCGGCUGCUCCCGCCCCCAYGCACCGAUGGACUCGGGGCUGGCUGCCCACAGACUGUGUGAUGUUCUCUAGCUUAGCAUUCCUUCAUCCUCCUCCUUCUCCUCCUGACACUGUUUUCCUGGGUUYUCCAGCUUUUUUUCUUGUUUUCCUAGCGUACCUUCCAGGCUCGGCCCUGCAGGCUUUUCCCUGGAGCCGGGGUCGGGGCUGUGGCUGUGCCUUCCCACCCUGGCAGCGUGCCCGAGGGUCUGCCUGGCAAGGGAUGCCAUCCCUCUGGAUUGCCUUCUGCCAGCUCUGGAGCUGUGUGCCAGCCUGGUGCCCCUGGUGCCAGCCUGGAAUUC